UCAUUGUGAGAGAAGUCUAUCUAGAAGGAGGCUUUCUAGGAAGAUUCGUAACUGGUGGUGUUGUUCGGUCUGAACAGGUGGCUAAGCGAACAAACACACAACUUAACGAACGUAUUUACCUGUUUGCUCGGUUUACGCAUGCCUCGGAGACUGACGUCACAUCUGUUACCGAAUUAAUUGUUUGUUGGGACUAAUCUUUAACUGCGCUUCUUGAAAAGACAGAACGCACAAAGUCGAACCAGGACAAAAUGUUAGUGGGUUCCAAAAAUUGAAUUUUCAACCACUAAGCGACAGAGAUCCAACAAUACAGAAAUGGAGGACAACACAUGCCGCAGCAAUCGAGAACAACUGGGACUUCAGUUCACCAUUGACUACCUAUUGUACAAUAAGGGACGCAACACUGAGAGAGCAGAACCAGAGCACAAUGUCCCUCCAUCUGAAUGUCUACAAACCACAGUCGACGAAACCGAACAAAAAACUCUCUCAGAACAGGAUAGCGAAAAAUCGGAGGACCAGGAAAACGAAGAUAACGACUGUGAAGAGGAACAUGAGAAGGCGAGUGAGAAGAGUGAAGGAACGGAUGAGAAGCCAGCGCAGUCUUACAUCGCCCUCAUUUCCAUGGCCAUCUUGGAUUCAGAAGAAAAGAAACUCCUGCUGUGUGAUAUUUACCAGUGGAUCAUGGAUCACUAUCCUUACUUCAAAAGCAAGGACAAGAACUGGAGAAACAGCGUCAGACACAAUCUCUCUUUAAACGACUGCUUCAUCAAAGCCGGCCGCAGUGACAACGGCAAGGGCCAUUUCUGGGCUAUUCAUCCGGCCAACUUUCAAGACUUCUCUAAUGGGGACUACCACCGGCGUCGAGCCCGGAGAAGGAUCCGCAGAGUAACGGGGCAGCUGCCCUUCGCUCUACCUGCGCACUACCAAACCCUCGGCCGCCAGAAACGGACACCCUGUUGGUGUUGUCCACCAUCCCAUCCGUUAAUGAUGAGCUUCUCGCCCAGAGUCUACUGGAGCUGGGCUGCACUUCAGACACAUCGCACACCAUCCCUUCAUGGAUUGAUAUAACCGGAUCUACCCUGAAAUAAUGUCUGCAUGUAACAGUGUUGGAAAUUAAAUUGUACAAAUUUUCUAAUCCAUCUUGUAUAUGUGCACAUUUAUUUGUAAAAUGAAAAACAAA